AUGUUGAUUAAGGUCCGCACUCUUACCGGAAAGGAGAUCGAGCUCGAUAUCGAGCCGGACUACAAGGUUUCCCGCAUUAAGGAGCGCGUCGAAGAGAAGGAGGGCAUCCCCCCCGUCCAGCAGCGUUUGAUCUUCGGUGGUAAGCAGAUGGCGGAUGACAAGACGGCCGCGGAAUACAGCCUCGAGGGUGGCGCCACACUUCAUCUUGUGCUCGCCCUGCGUGGAGGAUGUGAUACGCUAUAA